AUGGUCGUCAUCAUCACGGACGGCGAGUCGCGCAUGGCAAGGAGACAGUGGCUGCUGCCGAGUCACUGCCAGAGCAAGAACGUCACGGUGUUCGCCAUCGGGAUUGAACGAUUCAUAGUGGGAUCAUGUGCUUCAGCUAGUACAACCACCCCAGCUGCUACUACCACCACUACAUUAACGACAACAACAACCCAAAGCUCUACUACAACAACUACAACUCCAACCACAACGACGACCAUUCCAACAACUACAACUCCAACCACAACGACGACCAUUCCAACAACUACAACAACUACUCCCACAACAAUGACUACUACAUCUACAUCAGAGACCACCGAGCCCAAUGAUAUUCAGGGAGACACGGACACUGCCGCCUGCAUCAACCGUCCAGCUGAUGUUUACUUCGUGCUCGACUCCUCCAGCAGCAUCUGGGUUCACGAUUUCGAAACGAGCAUGCUGCAGUUCGUGCGCAACGUCAUCGACAUCUACGACAUCGGCGCCGACAGGACUCGCGUGGGCAUCAUCACCUUCAGCGACAAACCCCGCACGGUCUUCGGCCUCGAAGCGCACGUGCAAAAAGAGGAACUGCUGAAGGCCGUGAACAGCAAGAGUGUUAAGUACGAGCCAGGGCUGACGUACACAGCCGAGGCCCUGCAGACGGCACGCAUGAACUUGUUCCAAGAAGGGCGCCAGAACGCCGACCACGUCCUCAUCCUCAUCACCGACGGGCAGUCUAAGGACCCCAACGCUACUCUAAUGACAGCACGCGCAGCGCACGAGGACGGAGUCACGGUCUUUACGGUAGGCGUGGGCAGUGGAGUGGACGUUGGUGAGCUGCACGGCGUGGCCUCCAAGCCUAGUGAAGACUUUACCUUCAUGGUCGACGACUUCAAGGGCCUGGACUCAUACAAGGCUAUCCUCGCUGCCCGCACUUGCGGCGCCAACGCCACCCUGGUACCACCUAUUCUUACUCUUUUCUGCAGCCUGCAAGAUGAAUCAUGCCGACAUCAUUUUCGCGUACGACUGGAGCAUGCUGGGAGGCGUCGUGUCGACUCAGAUCAUUUCCACUAUUCAUCGCGUUUCCGCUACUUUUGA